CUUUCUCCGCUUCCCUCUCUCUGCGUCUCUGUCCGCAGGAAUCCAGUUCAAUUCAGCCACACGGCAAUGCUGUUCAACAGCUGUUUAAAAGCAACAGCGGGCGCCCAGGCGCCCCUUGCCUCCUCUUCAUCCUCACAGGUCGAGCUUCUAGCUAGAGAGAGAGAUACACAGCAGAAAGGCAGAGAGAGAGAGAUGCAGAGUGUGAGGCUGUGCUCCCUUCAAGCAGGAUUGGAAGCUUUGGAGAAGUAGAAGGAAAAUAUAUCUGGGUACCAAAUCUUGGAACCAGAAAGGAUUUGCUGCAAUAUCCUGGACAGUGUAUACUCUCGUCGAACUGAGAGGGAAUCGUCAUCGAUGGUUGCGGUGAUCUGAGCGAUGAACCAGUUCGUCCAUGAUUGGAGCAACAUGGGAGACACCUCCAGGCCACUCGGCGAAGACGAUGACCUCAUUGAGCUACUCUGGUGCAACGGCCAUGUCGUCAUGCAGAGCCAGACUCACCGGAAGCUGCCACCGAGGCCCGAGAAGCCGGAAGGAUCGGCGGCUCCAGCCCCCGCGGUGGCGGCGCAAGAAGACGACGCGGGCCUGUUGUUCCCGUUCGCGCUGGCCGAGUCGCUCGACAAGGACAUCUUCUCCGAGUUCUUCUGCGAAACACCGAUGGCGGCGCCUGUGGCCUCCAGCAACGGCGUCGAAGCCAGAAAACCAUGCAGGGACGGCCCGAUUCGGAACGACAGGCACAGCGGGGCAUGCGCGGUGUCCGAGGCCCCGUGCGACCUGAUGCCGCCGCCGAAGUCGACGCACAUGUCCUGCUCCAGGAAGCAGACGAUGAGCCUGGCGGAUGGCGACAACGCCGGCGACCUGUCGGAGCUCGUCCGGACCGGGACUGCGGGCAGAGCGGGGAAGGCGGCGAUGGAUGCGGGCGCAUCGUCGAUGCUGAGCACGAUCGGGUCGAGCAUCUGCGGGAGCAACCAGGUGCUGGUGCAACGCGCGGUGAGCGCGCGGGGGCGCACGUCCGACACCGCCCUCGGCGGCUCCGGCAGCGCGCUGCCGUCGGCGAUGGGGAGCGCCAACGCGAACGCCAGUGGCAGGGGCCAUGAGGCCACCGUCGCGUCCUCGUCGGGGCGGUCCAACUGCUGCUUCGGCACCACCACCACCACCACCACCGAGCCGACGAGCACCAGCAACCGGAGCAGCAAGCGCAAGCGGCUCGACACUGAGGACUCGGAGAGCCCCAGCGAGGACGCUGAGUCGGAGUCCGCCGCCGCGGCGCGCAAGCCACCGCAGAAGCUGACGACGGCGCGGAGGACCCGCGCCGCCGAAGUGCACAACCUCUCGGAGAGGAGGAGACGAGACAGGAUUAACGAGAAGAUGAGAGCCCUGCAAGAUCUCAUACCUCACUGUAACAAGACGGACAAGGCGUCGAUGCUGGAUGAGGCCAUCGAGUACCUCAAGUCGCUGCAGCUGCAAGUGCAGAUGAUGUGGAUGGGCAGCGGCAUCGCGGCGCCACCGGUGAUGUUCCCCGGCAUGCACCAGUACCUGCAGCGGAUGGGCGCCGCGCCGAUGCCGUCCAUGCCGCGGAUGCCGUUCAUGGCCCCGCAGCCGGCGGUGCCCAACGCCCCCGUGAACACGGUGCCAGGCUACCGGAGCCACAUGCCGGCGGUGGGCAUCACGGAGCCCUACGCGCACUACCUCGGCGUCAACCACCUGCAGCCGACGCCGUCCCAGCAUUACGCGCAGGGUGUGAGCUACUACCCGCUGGGCCCGAAUGCCAUGCCGCAGAAUCCUGCCGCUGCCGCCGCCGCCGCCGCCGCCGCACCCGGAGUGUUGCCCCCUGAAAGCGCUCCAAACGGAGGACCAGGGUAACUAACAAGAAAAGGACAAACUACAUGGCUGCGGAGUUCGACAGAAUACUAGCAUGAAUUGAAGAACACUGAUUUUGACAAGUACAAAAAAUAAGAAAAAUGAACUGCACAGCAGGAUGAAGCAGACGAAAAGCUGAUGAGACAACAAUGGGGUAGUUUCUCUAUUACCCCAUUUUGAGAACUGUGCGGAAGUUUCAGCAAGCCCUGCGGAUUGAUCUCUUAGGGCAGCUCCAUUCCAGUAUCCGUAAAGAGCUCCAGCAGAAUCGUUAUCCAUCAGUACAUGGUUGCUGCAGUGAUGAGGACGUGAGCGAAACGGCAUAUUUGCAGUACACCUGGAGCUGCAUGUAUCAUUGUUUGCAGUGGAUGCAUGUGGGAUCGAAUGGAAAAUAAGAGUAAUAAAAGGUAGGAAAUAAGAUAGCUGUCGAAAAUAAAAAAUAGGGAUGUUGUAAUAGUGUUAAGGAAUGCUAUAAUAGUGUUAUAAGGAAUAAAUUUUUAAAUAUCUGUUGAAGAUGACCUUAACAAAUUAUAUUAUUAAUACAGCAUGGUUUUUUUUA